GAAUAUGAUUUCAAGUUAAAUUUUAAGAACAUGCAAGUAAUUUUGGAGCGUAUGGGAUUAGAUAAAACGAACUAUCCUAGUAUGAAGGUAAUCAAAAGCCUUCUAAUGAAACAUCGAAAAUCCGUAAAACGGUUUGCUCCUGAGAUUACUUUGCAGAAUUGUUGGGAUGCAGCGAAUGAUUUGAUCGCUAGAGAAGAGUUGGAUGAGCUAUUCGAAUUGAAUUCUAAGAAUCUGAAAGAAAUUCUUGUAGAAAUGGGAUUAAACGAAAAAUGCGCACCUAACUUAAAAAAAGUUAGGAAUAACUUCGCUUGUAAUCCAACAUAUAAGAAGUAUCGUGCAGAACGAAAGGUGAGAACCCUUAUAAUUGUUAUAAGCUUCCUGAAAUUAAUAAAACUAUUUUGAAAUUUUCAAUGUGAAAUCAUUUCCGCAGAAUAUUGAACAUUCAAUUGCCGCUGAAAGUCAUAACGUAAGUGUAAAAUAUCAAAUUGCUUUGAAAUAGUCACGCCAUACAGUAACUUCAAAUUUUUAUAGAUCGAUAAUUUCAAAGAAUGUUCUUUUGAGAAUGAAAGUGCCUGCUUGCCACAAGACUGCGUUGGAGUUCAUGAAGUAAGAUGACAUUUCUAUUUAUUAAUUCAUGUAUUAAUAGUUGUUAUUUAGCAGCUUUUAUUAAAUAAAACAGAUCAUAUGUCCGAAACAAACUCAUCUCCUUCACGUGUCGAAACAAGAACAUUAUCAUUUGUAUCAUUUGACACAAACGAUUUCGAGGAAUUGGCCGACUCUCAAAGUACUACUUUUGACGGCGUUGAUAAUACGGGAAAAGAUAACGAACAACCUCCAUUCGGAUUUUUAUUGAAAGGAACAGAUUUAUCGCGUGUCGAAAUAAAAUCAUUAUCCGUCGAGUUUCCUGCAAAAGUAUGUAAGAAAGGAAUGGAACUUAAUGCUCCAGAAAUUGAAUGUCGCAUUUUUGAAACAUCAGUAAGUCAAAUGCAAGAGAGAUCAACGAACGACAUGCAAGACUCGAUUGUUUCAUUUGAUACCAAUGAUCUUGAAGGAUCGACCAAAUCACAAGAUACUACUUAUAGCAGUGAUGUAGAUGUAACUGAACUUGUGUUCAAUACAACGGACUUUGAAAACCUACGAAAAGAGAUAAAAGAAAAAGGCAACAGUAACAGGAUCAAAUACAAUGUCAAGGUUGCGGAAUGUGGGGCAACUGCCACAAAAAGACUUUAUAGUGGUGCUUCAAUUUACGAGUGUUCUUUUUACAUCAACAAGAAGAACAUUGAAAUGUGUAAACAUUAUGAUCAACAUAAUAUAAUGCAAAGCAAAACCAAGGUUGGCGAUGCUAAAUAUAAGCAACAAAAGCAUAGAAGGCCUUUUAUAGUGGCCUUAGAAGAUUUGUUAAAAAUCAAAUAUGAAGAAUUCAAUAUCUAUUGUAUAAUCAAUAUAAAUUCUCAUAAUUGCAACAAAUCUGGCUGGCUAUUUUAUGGUGUCUGCGCUCACAAGACCUGCAGAUCUUAUCGUUUCAAAAUUGUUUCUGUUACGGAUGGUGAUAACAUAUAUAAAGUCGAUGUCUAUGUUAAUGUCGCUAUGACCCUGAUACACGGGGAAAACCUGAAAGCGGCAUAUUGCAAAGGAGUAAAAAGAAACAUAAAUAUGAAAAAACUGCAGCUCCAAAAACCACUUGAAUUACGAACUAAGUUGAUCAACGAAAAGAAAAAAAGGGAACCAUUCGAGAAGGUAGACAUUGUCAGCAAAAAUGUAUUGAAAAAAAUUAGCAGUGAAGCUAAAUCGAAGCUUAACAGGGAUAUUGAUGAUUUUCAAGAUUUGAUAAAAAUGUCUGAGGAUAACGGAUCUUAUAUCAAAAAUGUGUUUAGAAAGCCCUUUGGUGUAAUUUGUUUUAAUACAAAAAUGUUCAAAGAGCUGAGAAAAAACAAGACUUACAGUCCUAUUUUCUACAUGGAUGGUACUGGAUCGGUUGUACGAUAUUCAAAAGCUGAGAAGCGUGUUCAAAUAUAUGUUUUGGUCGCAUACAAUUACCGGUCAAAUUUUAGUGUACCCGUAACAACCUUUGUGACUGAAAGCCAAAAAACAGUAGACUUCCACAAUUGGUUGAAUAUAUUUCGUGCUUCGUACGAGUCAGGCAGCUCUAUGAAUAAAUUGAAUAAAAUAGCGAGAAUUGUUAGUGUUGAUUGGAGCUGGUCACUGAUUGGUGGAUUGAUACGGGCUCUUAAUAAUCAACACCAUACACUACCAGAGUAUAUCCGAGAUUGUUAUAAAGUUUGCAUAAGAGAACUCAAUCUCAAUUUCACUAUCAUUCAUUUAUGCUACAGUCAUUUCAUGAAUGUAGUUUCUAAGGACUUGAAAUCUGCUCCAAUCAACAUAAAACAUAAGUUCAUGGACUGUAUGCGAUUGGCUGUACGUGCUACAAACUUAGUGGACUUAAUCGAUCUGUUUAUCAUUAUGACAUGCAUUUUUGGAUCUGCAAAUGAGAACCGAAUGCUUGAGACAUCACUAAAAGAACUAGAUGCAAAAAUUAAUGAUAGAACAAGCUUCGAUUCAGAAAGCGCUGGUAAAUUUGAUUAUACUGGCAUCGGUGAACCAGAAAUUCUAAAAAAAGAUGAGGACAAAAUCUUCUUGGGAUCGCCUUUUUAUGCGUUGUUAAAAGAAACAUUUGAAACAACAUUAAAACAAAUAGAUGAUCUCAGCCAAGGAUCACAGAACCCACUGUAUUUCAAAGGAUUCUUGGAAGAUGUCGCCUUGAAAAAAUACAUGCCUGUGGUUUGUUUGUGGUCAAAUAUAAUAGUAUCUCAAAUUGACUCGAAUCCGGAUACUAUUUCAAACGCAAGGGUUGAAAGCUUCUUCCGAACAUUGAAACACAAUGUUAUGAAAGGUCAGCUCUACGAAAGAAUAACACAUUUUCUUCGAAAACUACAAUCGUAUAUUGAAUCUCUGUUCCACUUUUCCGACUUUGACAUUGAAGAUAUAUACGCUACUGAUAAAGGAAUAAGUAAUGCUAAAAAACGUCAAGAUGAUAGAAUCGCAGAAUAUGACAGAUUUGUCGGAAACGUAGAAGACAUAGAGGACGAAUGGCAUAGUCCAUACUUUCAAAAAGAUGCUUCAACCCACUUGUUCAAGAAGAAAAAGAAGCAGGAAACUAACAGCUUAAACACACAACUUGAACAAUCAACACAGAAGCACCCAGAUUCAAAGGAAAACAGUGAUAACAACAGAAAAAGAUCAUUAGAAGAAGAUUUAGAAACUACCUGUAAUCUGUCCUCUAUUCAUCAAUUCAUUGACAAAGGAUUUGAAUUUCCAGUUACCACCAAAUGGUAUUUCGGUGAGUUUCCUUCAGAAUAUGAGAGCAUAGGAGUAAGUAGUAUGAUUGUAAGCUCAGAAAUGCUUCAAACGCUCGAUGCACAUACAUAUAUGGAUGGAGAAACCUUAGAUGCGAUAAUUGCAGUGGCCAUAAAAGAAUGUGAGGUCGAAAGCGUAAAAUUGGUAUCAACUUACAUGUCGAGAAACUUGUUUGAUACAACUCAACUAAAAGAAGUAUUGGAUAGGAAACGAGAUUAUGUUUUACCAGUUCUAACCAAUACAUCGGGAGUAUGGGUGGUUCCUUUGAAUGUUAGAGCUGGGCAAGCACCCACCAAGCAAGUUGGAAGAGGGAACCAUUGGGUUCUCUUCAUUGCUGAUUUUAUGAAUAGAGAAACUUUUUAUUUAGAUCCUCUCGAAACAGCAUCCCCAUAUUUGAAGGACGUACAAGAAGAAUUUUUGAAGGCAGUAAGCUCUAUUCGGAGACUUAAAAAUCAACCAUUUGAUUCAACCAAUUGGCAAAGCGGCUCGAAAAAUAUUGCGCACGACAAGCAAAACGACGACUACAACUGUGGUGUAUAUGUAGCUAAAUAUGCACAAAACUUUCUUUUGAAGAAACCGUUGACCGGGCUAGGAAACAUGGAUUCUGAGAGGAAACAAAUCAAAAUAAAACUCCUAAAUACAGCAGUAAUAAAAAUUUGUUUAUACUGCAGCAGCUUGAAAUCACUAAUUUUGUCAUGUCAAUCAUGUGGACGGAGGUGUUGCAGUAGAUGCGCCCCAAAUAUGGUGCUAAAAAUUCCAUCUACAAAACAAUGUGAAAUAUGUUCGAAAAUUAAAAUGAUAUAAUUUUUAAGUCUCAUCAAUAAAUUUUUAUAUUACCUUUUAACUUGAAGUAUUUUUAUUUGUCCAGUUUGAGUCCUUUCAGAAACGAGAUAGAAUCCUGUCGUCUAAGUCAAAAAUGAAAAAAUUGUCAUUCCAUCGGCUACAAAAAAUAGUUGCCAUAAACCUCAACCAUUCGCGUGGAUUUUUUUUUAAAUUUUAAAUGGUUCCUAUGAUCAGAUAGGUCAAUUCCAACACUCCACCAUCUCAAAAUAUUUUCGGAGGAUAGUAUGCUUCUAAUUCAAAUGAUAAAAUUGA